AUGUCAUCCCCACCCACACCCACAUCCUCACAUGGACAUCAGGAUACAUCGAUUGAUAAUGGUCACCAUCAGACCAUUGAGGUCAACACUGAUCUGUCCCAACACAUCAGACAGUAUGCCAGCCCUGCAAAGACUGGAAUGUACGUCAGUGCCAAGAAUCUGUCAUACUACGUGGCCAACACAUCGGCCUCCAAGCACGCCACUGUCAACGAGAAGAAGACCUACCUCAUCAAGGACUUCUCGUUCACCAUGCAGCCAGGCCGCAUGGUCCUGCUGAUGGGCGCGCCAGCCUCGGGCAAGAGUGUGUUGCUCAAGGUGCUGGCCAACCGUCUGGGCGAGGGCAAGGUCGAGGGCGAGCUGACCUUCAAUGGACACGAGGCCGACGAGGCCACUCAUCACAAAGACACAAUCUACGUGCCACAAGACGACGUGCACGUGCCACUUCUCACCGUGCAAGAGACGCUCGACUUCUCAGCACAGUGCAACAUGGGCUCGACUGUCGAUCAAGAGACCAAGAGCGAGCGUGUCGACAUGAUCCUCAGCGAGCUGGGUCUGAGCCACACAAGAAACACCAUCGUUGGCAAUCAGUUCUUCCGUGGAAUCUCUGGAGGCCAGAAGCGACGUGUCACAAUCGCCAGCGAGUUUACAAAGUGCCCCAACCUCAUAUUGAUGGACGAGCCCACCACUGGUCUGGACUCGGCCACCGCCUACAGUGUCUGCAACAAGGUCAAGACCAUCGCUCAAGAGGGCAAGGCUGCAGCCAUCAUCUCAUUGUUGCAACCAAGUCCAGAGUUGACCGAUCUCUUUGAUGACAUCAUGUUGCUAGGAGAGAAAGGACAACUUGUAUACUUUGGACCAAGAGAUCAAAUACUUACAUACUUUGAAUCAAUUGGAUUCAAACCAAACAUGGAUCAACCAAUGGCUGAGUUUAUCCAGGACAUGGUUGAGGACUCUCGCAAGUACUCAUCAACCUCAAACAGAGCUGAGUUGCUGGACAGCAACAUACCAAACACCAUCCAACUUGAUGUAUUAUUUAAACAAUCACCAUAUUACCAAAAUGUUCAAGAAAGGAUCAGAGGACUGCUGCCAUCGACACCUUUGGUUGACUAUUCACAGUCGGAGAAUAUAAUGUCACCUCUGUGGUAUGAUAUCAAGUUGUGCUUUGAUCGCCAAAUCAAGAUCAUGCGCAUCAUGAAGAUGCAGUACAUUGUCCGUUUCGUCCAGGCUAUAUUCAUGGGCUUCGUGCUGGGCUCAUUGUUCUUCCAAAUGGGCGAGACUCAAGCUGAUGGCAGGAACCGCUUUGGUCUACUAUACUUUGCCAUGGUGCUCCACAUCUGGACCACCUUUGGUUCGGUCGAGGAGUUCUACCAACUGCGUUCAAUCUUCUACGCACAAAAGGACGGCAAGUUCUACAGGACAUUCGCAUACUUCAUCACAAUGGUCGUCAGCAAGUUCCCCGUGUCAUUGAUCGAGGCCACAUUGUUCAGUAUCACAUGUUACUGGAUCUCUGGCUUCCGCGCACGCGCCGACAGCUUCUUUGUGUUCAUCAUCUGUAUGGCCUUGGUCAAUGUCGUGGCACAGGGCGUCUUCCAAUUGGCAUCAUCCUUCUCUGACUCGCAACUGGUCACAUCGAUGGUGACCCCCGCCGUGGUCAUCCUAUUCAUGGUGUUCAGUGGUUUCAUCUUGCCUAAGCCCAACAUCCCCAACUGGUGGAUCUGGAUGUACUACCUGUCGCCACUCAAGUACGUGUUGGACGCCAUCGCCUCCAAUGAGAUGUAUGGUCGCUCGUUCCACUGCGCGCCCAACGAGCUGAUCCCACCCACCAACAUGACUGGCUGGGAGGGUGCCCUGCGUAUCUGCCCAAUGAACUCUGGCUCGGACUUCCUCAAGGUGUUUGGCUUUGAGAACAACUUCUACUGGCGUUGGAUCGACAUCGCUAUCCUGGUCGGCUUCUCCGCAUUCUUCUUUGCUCUCUUCUAUAUUGGACUGCGCUUUGUCAAGUUCGAGGUCAAGAAGCCACCCAGAACCAUGCAGGCCAAGAAGAUCAAGGCAAAGAAGGACAACAAGAGCGCAAAUGCCAAGCAGUCCAUGACUGGCGGUUGCUACAUGACCAUCCAGAACCUCAACUACACAGUCAACUCGACCGCCAAGAAUGCCCAGACUGGCAAGAACGAGAAGGUCACACUGCAGUUGCUCAAGAACAUCAACGGUUUCGUCAAGCCUGGUUUGAUGGCCCUGAUGGGUCCAUCUGGCGCUGGCAAGUCCACCUUGCUCGAUGUGCUCUCCAAGCGCAAGAACAUUGGUGUGAUCAAGGGCGAUAUCAUGAUCAACAACGUGCCAAUCGAGAACAUCAACAUCACUCGUUUCGCCGCCUACGUUGAGCAGCAGGACGUGCUGUCUGCCAACCUCACCGUCAAGGAGGCCAUCUACUUCUCUGCCCUGUGCCGUCUUCCGGACUCCUUCCUCAACGAGGACAAGAUCAAGCUGGUCGACGACAUCCUCAAGGUGCUCAGCUUGACCAAGCUGGCCAACGUCAAGAUUGGACCCAACCCAACAAUGGGUAUCUCAUUGGCCAACAGAAAGAAGGUGAGCAUUGGUAUUGAGCUCGCCUCUGACCCCCGCCUGCUCUUCCUCGACGAACCCACCUCUGGUCUGGACUCUGCCGCCGCCCUCAAGGUGAUGAACUGUGUCCGCAAGAUCGUCCAGAGUGGAAGAACCGUCAUCUGCACCAUCCAUCAGCCAUCCCAAGAGAUCUUUGAGCAGUUUGAUCAGAUGCUUCUCCUGUCCAAGGGUGAGGUCAUCUACUUUGGCGAGACUGGCACCAACAGCCAGAUCGUCGUCGACUACUUUGCCCGCCAGGGUCAUCAGAUGCAUGCCGACCGCAAUCCAUCCGACCACAUCCUUGAGAUUGCUGAGACCACCAGCAACACUGGAGAGAGCCCAAUCGAAGUCUACCGCUCAUCCGAAGAGGCUCGCAUCACUGUUGAACAACUCACCAACAAGACCAUCGUCCCCGAGGAUGCCACCGUUCCAAAGUUCCGCUCUAACUACGCCGCACCCUUCCGCACUCAGCUUUACGUCCUGGUCAAGCGCGCAUGGCUCAACCACAUCCGUCGUCCACAGACCAUCUUGAUCCGUUUCCUCCGUUCAAUCGUCCCCGCACUCGUUGUUGGCACAAUGUUCUUGCGUCUCGACAAUGACCAACCGGGCGCCAGAAACAAACUGGCAAUGAUCUUCCUCAGUUUCUUGUUUGGUGGCAUGGCUUCAAUCUCCAAGAUCCCACUCGUUGUCGAAGACCGCGCUGUCUACUACCGUGACAACUCAUCCGGCUCCUACCCAUCAGUACUCUACAUCAUUGCCUCAGUGAUCACCGAUAUACCAAUGAUGAUGUUGACCGCCUUUGUCUUUUGGAUUCCAUUCUUCUGGCUCACUGGCAUGGACCCAGGACACAACGGAUGGAAGUUCUUCUUCACCCUGCUCAUCUAUCUGUUGGUCUGUAUGGCCUACGACAACAUGAUGGUGGUGUUUGCUCUGGUACUGCCGACGGUACCAGUUGGUGUUCUGCUUGGAGGCAUGGGACUCAACUUCCUCGGACUGUUUGGAGGAUUCUUCAUUCCAAGGACCAACAUUCCCGGUGGAUGGAUAUGGAUGCACUGGCUCACAUUUACACGAUACGCCUUUGAAUCACUGGGUGUCACCGAGUUGCAUGGCGCCGUCUUUGAUUGUCCAAACGGUGAGGGUUCAUUCCCGAUCCAAUUUAACAAUGGCACAACAGUACCUUUCUGUCCAAUCAGACUUGGAGAUGCAAUGUUGGAUCGUUACGGUUUGGAUCCUUCCCGUCAGUUCUGGAAUGUUCUCAUCCUUUCAUGUUACAACAUUGGUUUCAUAAUUCUUGGUUACUUUGCACUCACUUACAUUCGUCAUAUGAAGAGAUAA